AUGAGUCACCGAUCAGACGCCAUCCAUCUGCCCUGGGGUCAGACGAGCGGUCAGGGCCUCGGAAACCAGGGCGUCCGCACCCAGCCCAUGGAGAUGAUGCUGCACUUGAAGCAGGCCAUCGAGAAGCAUAUGGGGCAGCUCAUCACCAGGCACCAGCAGCAGGACCUGGUGCCAGAGGAGGAGAGGCCUUAUCAGGCCCCCGGGGAGCAGGAAACCCUCCUGGGCAACCUAAUGUACCAGUUGGUCAAUCUCCUACAGUCUGGGGCCACGGGUGGCCCGGGGCUCCAACCGUCCUGCCCUUCCCUGGAUGUGAAGGGUGAUGCUAGAGGUGGGCAAUGGGCCCAGUCAUCCAGGCAGCCUGCCCAGCCAGGUUACCAACUGAAUGACCCUGAAGCGACAUUUGUCAGUCAGUACCUGUCCAGCCGUGGGAUCGACAUCUCUGCCUCCUACCAGGCCAGCUUCCGGGACUACAAGAUGUACCAAGGAGAUAAAUACCAUGAGGACGAGAAUACCUUGGGCUUCAUUAACCUUGGCCUCAGUGAGAAUAAGCUCUGCCUUGAUCUGAUGACUGAAAGGUUGAGUCAGAGUGAUAUGAAUGUCGUCGAGGAUGUCCUGCUGCAGUAUCCUGAUUGGUCCGGGCAGCCAUUCCUGCGGGAGGAGGUGGCCCGGUUCCUGACCUGCUAUUGCAAGGUACCUGCUCAGCUCGAUCCGGAAAAUGUAGUUGUUCUAAAUGGCUGCUCCUCUGUAUUCUCCACACUGGCCAUGGUUCUGUGUGAUGCAGGAGAGGCCUUUCUGACCCCCACCCCCUUCUAUGGUGGCUUCGUCUUUAGUUCCAGCCUGUAUUCGAAAGUUGAGCUGAUUGCCGUCCACCUGGACAGCGAGAGCACGGAUGCAAACCCCUGUCCGUUCCAGCUCACCGUGGACAAGUUAGAGCGAGCUCUGCUCGAGGCAACCCUUGCAGGGAAAAAGGUCAGAGGCCUCAUACUAAUCAACCCUCAGAAUCCCCUCGGAGAUGUCUACUCCCGAGACUUACUGGAAGAAUGCCUGGAAUUUGCCAAGAGGUACAACCUCCAUGUGAUUAUAGAUGAGAUUUACAUGCUGUCUGUGUUUGACGAAUCCAUCACAUUCCACAGCGUUCUGAGCAUGGAAAGUUUGCCUGACCCCAACAGGACCCAUGUGAUCUGGGGCACCAGUAAGGAUUUCAGCAUCUCUGGCUUCCGCUUUGGUGUUCUUUACACGCACAACAAGGAGGUGGCCUCUGCCGUGAGCUCUUUUGGCUAUCUCCACGGUAUCUCUGGCAUUGCCCAGUACAAGCUGUGCCGGCUGCUUCAGGACCGAGAAUGGAUUGACACAGUGUACCUGCCCACUUACCGCUCCAGGCUGCAGAAAGCUCAAAGAUACAUUACUAAGAAGCUGAAGGCAUGGGGGAUCCCUUUUCUCAACCGUGGCUCUGGCCUCUACAUCUGGAUCAACUUGCAAGUGUACCUGGAUCCGUGCACCUUUGAGGAAGAGCUGCUGCUGCAUCACCGCUUUCUGGACAACAAGCUUAUGUUGUCCCGCGGCAAGACCUACACGUGUAAGGAGCCGGGCUGGUUCCGCCUUGUCUUUGCAGAUAAGCCCCUCCGGCUAAAACUAGCCAUGCACCGGUUCUACCAGGUGCUGGAGGAGCAGAAGCAGCGUCUGAGAGUGAAGCAGCUGGAGAGCACACAGAGAGAGUAAGCGGUCGGCCUCCUGCCCAGAGGCUGCAGCCAGGCACCUGCU